AUGGCACGUCUUGCAUAUCUGAGCCACCCAAGGAGAACUGUGCAGUUGGGGGGUGGCUGCGUGAUGCAUGAAGCUCAGCGUGCUUUCUCAGGGCUGAGGAUCCAGAUCUUGGAGUCUGUAGUCCUCUGCUAUCCGCCUUCCCAUUCCUCCUCCAGAGAGGAAACACCAGAGCUGUGGACCUGCUUGAAUAGAAAUAAAGAAAAGCAAGGAAAUAAAUGGGGAGGAAUAAAAGAGCAGGACUUAAUAACGGAAAAUAUUAUCAAGAAAUGUGGAGAUAUUUCUUUUUCACAAAAUAAAGUUAGCUAA